AAAAAAAAAAAAAUUACCAACGGUCAUAAAAUUAAAUUCUCUAUAAAUAGACAUGCAUUUUGAUAUGUUUUGAUAUAAUUUCGUAAUCACCUAAAAUCCUCCACUUUUUUAUUUUCUUAAGCAUUUUAAAUUUGUAGAAGAAUAUAUUUGUUGCAAAACAUCCAUAUUGAGAAUCUUUUAAUGGAUCCAAACAACCCAAAUUUCCGUCAACAAUUUUCUGGUUUUAGUGAUGAUUUCCUAACUAAUCCCGAGUUUCAAUUGUUCUUGCAAAGAAUGGGCAAUACGUCUUUGCAACCACCUCCACGGUAUCAGACACCUACUCAGUUUCCCCUACGAAACCAUGUUAAUGAAGAAUGUACACCUGAAAUUGAACAUGAUAGCAACACACAAUUCGAUGAGAGCGAAGAAGACAACGUACCAGAGACGCCGCAAUAUCCUCCACCAGUUCCCGAACUGAAAUCCAACCAGGUUGUUGCACGAGCGACUCGAAUUUGGUCAGUUGCGGAAGAUGAAACUCUGAUUGGGUUGUACUUGGAGAUCAGCGAGAAUGCUAUUAAAGGCACGAGCCAGAAAGCAACUUCCCUUUGGCGCGAUGUACACGCAGCAUAUCAACUUGCUCAUGCGGAGAAGCCGCAUAUACUUCCACCAAGACCUAUGAAGAGUCUGACGUCGCACUGGAGAAGGUUGGCAGCAGACACACUACAGUGGAUAUCUUGCUAUGAUGAAGCAGGUAGACUUCCGGAGGGAGGGAGUGGUUACAACGAAGCUGACCGUAUAAAAAGUGCGUCGAAGCUUUUCCAUCUCGCCCAAGGUCGUAAUUUCGCUUUUCCUCACGCUGUUGAAAUGCUUAAUAGAGAUCCAAAGUGGAGGCCAAAGCUGAGAUGGUCCUUGUCAAAGGAGGAAAGAAAAGCUGUUCGUGAUGUUGAGGAGCAAGGUAGUGCUGGAAGUGGGAAGAGGUCCAGAGAUGAUGGAGGGGAUGAAACCCCUACGGAUGGUUUUUCAUCUGGAGGAAUACAACGACCCGAAGGUGUGAAGAAAGCAAAGGCCAAGCGUAAAGGGAAAGAAGUAGCUUCGGACAGUGGUUCGUCUGAGCUUAGCGAACGAAUGAAGGAAUUGGCAACAAUUCGCGAGAGGGAGGCCAUUCUGAAGGAAGAGCGGAUCAAAAUUGAAAGGGAGAAGGAACAGAGGAAAAGGGAGGAACUUGACAUUCAUAAGAUGAAAACCUGGUUUGAUAUGGUGCAAGCUAUGAAGAAUUCGCCUACGCCACUCACUCCUGAAGAAGAGUCGUACAAGAAUUUCUUACUGGGUAAUUUUUACUGGGUAAAAUUGGGAAAUGGGACAUGCCAGGCUGUUCAAUGAUUAUUUUUCCGAUAAUCCUGUGUACAAUACCACCCAAUUUAGAAGAAGAUUUCGUAUGCAACGACCUUUGUUUUUACGUAUAAUGAACAAGGUCGUUGAAGGUGAUGUUUACUUCCAGCAGCGUAGGGAUGCAACUGGAAAGUUAGGCAUAUCACCUCUGCAAAAAUGUACAGCCGCGAUACGAAUGUUAGCCUAUGGCAUGGCUGCAGACGCUGUUGAUGAAUACGUUCGAAUCAGUCAGUCAACCGCUCGAGUUGCCCUACAACGUUUUUGUGCCGGGGUCAUUGACCAGUUCGGAACCGAGUACAUGCGAAACCCUACAACUGAUGAAUUGGCCCGGAUACUGCAUCAAAAUGAACUGCGUGGUUUUCCAGGCAUGAUAGGCAGCAUUGAUUGCAUGCAUUGGGAAUGGAAGAACUGUCCAACGGCUUGGAAAGCGCAGUACGCCGGUAGGAACAAGAAAGCAACGCUAAUACUGGAAGCCGUUGCGGAUCAGGAUUUAUGGAUAUGGCAUUCCUUCUUUGGUAUUCCCGGAUCUUGUAAUGAUCUUAAUGUGUUGUACCGUUCACCAGUGUUCGAUGAGGUUCUGCAUGGUCGAGCUCCUCCGGUAAAUUUUACGGUUAACGGCCAUGAAUACAACAUGGCUUAUUAUUUAGCCGACGGCAUUUAUCCGAAGUGGGCAACUUUUGUUCAGGGUAUCACAUUCCCUCAACUGGCCAAAGAUAAAAUGUUCGCUGACCACCAGGCUGCCGCUCGAAAGGACGUUGAAAGAGCUUUCGGUGUGUUGCAAGCUCGAUUUGCAAUAAUACGAAAACCGUCGCUGGCGUACGAUGAGGACAUACUGCGGGACAUAAUGAAAACAUGUAUCAUUAUGCACAACAUGAUUGUUGAAGAUGAGCGCCACAACUACACUCGAGCCGAAGUUCUAAGAGCCUUCUACGAAGAAGAUCAACAAGAAUCAACACCAGCAUCAACAUCUACAACGCCACCGUUUGAAUUCAACGUAGGCCGACCUACCAACUUUGAUUUCAACGCAUUUCUACAGCGAAAAGCUUCCCUCCGUGACAGAGAAAUUCAUCUAUCUCUGAAACGUGAUUUAGUCGAACAUAUUUGGCAACACUACGGGCCACGUAAUUAGGGAGAAAUUAGCACGACUUAAAUAAAGCCAAGUACUAUGGCGUAGCUACUUUUACUUGUUGUGUUUAUUUUAUUUCCUAAGUUUAAUUACGCAUGACGUUGCAAAUGUAAUUGGUUUCUAGUAUUGUACCGCUUUUAAAAUAAAUAAAAACAUUUAAGAAAUUUUGAGCUUUUUUUAAAUUUUUUUUUAUAUAACGUACUUAAUUUUACGACAAAUUUUAACGAUAAAAAGGACAAAAAUAAAAAAAAUAAGUUACACAAAUUUUAACUAGUUUUUAUUUAUUUGGAGUAACAUUGUUAAAAU